AUGGAUGGAACAGGAGCUAUGGCUAUUACCACUGCUGGAGUCCUCUUUUGGGAUUGUCCAGUGCUCUUGAAAACGUUGAUCUAUAAUUUGGCAAAUCUGGCAUAUUUCAUACCCAUCACAUAUAUACCAAGCGAUUACAUCGAUCGACGAUAUCUGUCUCAAGGAGAGGCCUUGACUGGAUCAGCGGCGUUUACAUAUCGACUUCUUGCGAUUCUUAACGCCGCUUCAUGCAUUGGCCGGUGCAUAGCGGGCGACCUGGCCGAUCGAUUUGGACGAUACAAUACUAUGAUUGUCUCAUUGUUCCUCUGCACGAUAUCAGUUCCAUGUUUUUGGUUACCAGACAUACUCCUACUCAACCUGAGUGAUGACGCCCUCUUAAUAAUCUUUGUAAGAUUACUACUAUUUGGGUUUGUCAGUGGUUGCAAUGUCAGCUUGACACCAAUCUGUUUAGGCCAGCUCUGCGAAACUCAAGAAUAUGGACGAUAA